AUGGCGGAAGCAGUGCAUUAUGAGUUGUCCCCUAGCCUGACAAAUAAUCGGGACUCGGGUUUACUCCCUCAGGCUACUAGGCCUAUUUCAGGCUUGCCAGCGGUAGGGUAUUCCACAGCGCUAAAGCUGCUAGUUUACUCUGCCAUCGUCCUUUUGGUGACUCUCUGCGCUCGACGUCAAUUACACCACUUGUCGAAAAAUGGUUGCAGGACUGGAGAUUCAGACUUGGGUGGUGACAUCUCACCACCCUCGCAAGACUCCGAUGAAGACAGACCGUCUGGAGAUCUGAAGUUUGAUGACGGUCAAACAUCACCAGACGCCCACGACGAGUAUCGUCCCCAGUCAGACGCAGCAAGCACUCAAGCACCAGGGACAGGAGCAGCAGAGGAAGGCGUCAGCAGCAGCUGGGAAGACGAAGCACCUGGCGAUGCCGCGGCAGCAGCUCCAGAAGCAGCAGCAGAUGACGAGGAUGAUGACUCCAACAGCAACUGCGGCCAACUUGUUUAUGACGUUGUACGUAGUGAUCAAGAGAGUACCAUGGAGAGUGCCGAAAGCACAGGCGUCGAGCCGCACGAUGCUCAGGCAGCUGCUGGAGAAGUAGCUGAGAAACAUAAAUUGGAAAGGCAAGGGCGUGCUAGAUGGAUGGGGCCGCUAGCUGGCCUCUUGGAAACUGCCGGCAAUAAAAUAUCUCGCAUAGCAGCAAAAUCUGAUGUGACGGCAAACCCAGCAGCAGGAGAACUAGCUGGUGAGACUGCUGCCAGUAGCUCAAAGGCAUCUCAACCUCAGGAAGGCGGGCGUUUUACAUCGAAGUUGGCCUUCGGGGAUUCGAAUUCUCCCCACUAUAGAGAUCUGGGAAAACCUUAUGACUUUCCGAAUCUCAAGGCAUUAAACUAUACUGAGCUACGACAAGAGCUGCUGAAGUUUGCAGAAUCCAUGGGUAACCUGUGCUCUCCCCAUAGCGAACCAUUUCGAGCUACGGUCAAGGCGGACUGUGAAAUAUGCGGCGUUGGUACAGUGACUUUCCAUAUUGAGCUUGUGGAAGAAGAUAUGAAAAAUCAAGGCGCCUUGAGCAAACUUAGAGGAAGACUAUUUUCCGAUAAUCCGUUUAGCAAACGGUUUGCUGAGAGGUUUGCACGCGACUUGUUGGCGCUAGUGGAAGAGCUGAGCCUCGAGGUUUCAGAGCAUGCGCAACGGACAGAAAUGCCCAACGACAGUACACACGUUUAUUCUACAGUGAUGGAAAAGCCAGCUGCUGCAGCCUGCACAGGAAAAGUUUCUUUGAAGAUAUUUGGGGUCAAAGCAAACUGA